UUGUUUACGAUCUGCUUAGUCAAAAAUAGACAGCCCCUUUUGGAAAAUAUAAUCUGACAGGUUGUUUACUCAGGGAAACGGGAACAGCAACGAUUCAGUUCAAAAAUAUUUGGACAAUGAAUACUGGACAAUCCCAAUAUUGUUUUGGGUUUACCUCGACUCUGAUUUUGCAACACGGAAGAACCCGGUUAGCUAGAUAAUAGCUACAUGGAUGUUCAAAUAGCUUGUCGUCUACCUGUCUUGUAAAUAUUUCCAUCGAGACGAUUUUUUUGUCCGGCAACCGGACCCAGCUCAUCGAGACUUAACUUCACGUUGAAGCGGCUGACAGUCAGUCUGAGCAGCUGUUGCGUUGAGUUGUUCGUGUAUUCGUCAAAUUAUUUAUUUAUUUUGAAUAAUGGCUAGUGAUUUCCUCAACGUGGAUGAUGCCUCCCCUGCAUCGUUAACGGACCUGUGCCUGACCUAUGUCAGCCAGAAUCUCGAUUGUUUCUGUGUGAAGCACGCUGAUGGUUCUCUCUGCCUCCGAGAAGCAGUGCUCUUCCCACAGGAGUUGGCAGAUCAGCUGCUGGCAAAGAUGGCCACUGAAGGGCUGUUGAAUGACAGCACAGUUGGUGUAUUUCGGAAGUGUGAGUACCUGCGCUUGAGGAGAGCCUGCAUCCGAACAGCGCGGAUCUCGGCGGAAGCAUUCCAGAAAGCUCUCUGUCCUCACAAGCUGGUGGAACUGGAUGCUGCAAGGGUCAAUGCAGACCUCACUAUCUCAGAUAUACUAAAUGGACUGGCCACCAAUAAACAAAGUCAGGACUCCCUCCAGCGCCUGGUUCUAACCGGCCUCACCAUGUCCUCCCCUGAGGAGUCCAGUCGCUUCAGCUCCCUGCGGGGCCUGCGCUCCCUCUCCCUAGCCAACGCAGAGUUCUACGACGCGGGGCUUCCUGACGUGUGCGCUCUGCCCCGGCUGGAGAGCCUGGAUCUGUCCAACACCUCGGUCACCAACCUGAAGCCGCUGCUGGGGCUUCGGGAGAGGCUGCGCUCGCUGACGCUGCACCAGCUGAAGAGGCUGGAGAUGAGCACCGCUCAAGUGCUGGGGGUCAUAGGUCAGCUGGACGCGCUGCAGCACCUGGACAUCAGCGACGAUAAACAGUUCACGUCCGACGUGGCUCGACAACUGCUCGGACAGCCGGGAAUCCUGCCCGCUCUCGUCUCCCUGGACGUGUCAGGGAGGAAGCAGGUGACAGAUGCUGCCAUCAAGACAUUCGUCGAGGAGAGACCUGGCAUGGCCUUCCUAGGACUCCUGGCAACAGGUGCUGGCUUCUCCGACUUCCUCUCUGGUGAAGGGAGCCUCAAGGUCACAGGGGAGGCCAAUGAGAUGCAGAUUUGCCAGGCUCUUCGUCGUUACAGUGAGAGAGAAGGAUUUGUAAGAGAGGCACUGUUUCACCUGUUCAGCCUGACCCACGUGAUGGAGAAACCACGACCGGACAUCCUGAAGCUGGUGGUGUUGGGCAUGAAGAACCACCCGGCCAUCCUGAACGUCCAGCUGGCCGCCAGCGCCUGCGUUUUCAACCUAACCAAGCAGGACCUGGCCGCAGACAUGCCGGUCCGAUUGCUGAGCAGCGUCACCCAGCUGCUUCUGGAGGCCAUGAGAACCUUUCCCAAUCACCAGCAGCUGCAGAAGAACUGUCUGUUGUCUCUGUGCAGUGACCGUAUUCUACAGGAAGUCCCUUUCAACAGGUUUGAGGCGGCAAAGCUAGUGAUGCAGUGGCUGUGUAACCAUGAGGACCAGAACAUGCAGAGAAUGGCAGUGGCCAUCAUCUCCAUACUGGCUGCCAAGCUGUCCACAGAGCAGACGGCACAGCUGGGGGCGGAGCUGUCCAUAGUGAUGCAACUCCUGAACAUCGUGAAGCAGAAGGCUGGACAGAGCGUGGUAGACGCCACCCUAAAGUUCACACUGAGCGCGCUCUGGAACCUCACGGACGAGUCCCCGACCACCUGUAGCCAUUUUAUCCAGAACGAUGGGCUCACUCUCUUCAUAAAUGUCCUAGAGGCUUUCCCAACAGAAUCCUCCAUUCAGCAGAAGGUUCUGGGCUUGCUGAACAACAUCGCUGAGGUCGGGGACCUUCAUGUGCAGCUCAUGGUCCAGGGCUUCCUGGACCACAUCCGCACCCUGCUCCACAGCACCGAGGUGGAGGUCAGCUACUUUGCCGCCGGGAUCCUGGCACACCUCACCUCGCGUGGGGAACAGGCCUGGACGCUCAGCCUCAGCCUGCGGUCCUCUCUGCUGGAGCAGCUGCAUUCUGUCAUCCUGAAGUGGCCAACGCCUGAAUGCGAGAUGGUGGCCUACAGAUCGUUCAAUCCCUUCUUCCCUCUGCUGGAGUGCUUCCACACCCCGGGGGUCCAGCUCUGGGCUGCCUGGGCCAUGCAGCACGUCUGUAGCAAGAACGCCUCUCGCUACUGCAGCAUGCUGCUGGAGGAGGGGGGUCACCGGCAGCUUGAGCAGGUCCACAGCAACCCUGAGACACACCCUGACGUCCGGCGAUUGGUGGAGAACAUUCUGGAGAGCCUCCGCCGCCACAGAGGACACAGCGGUCAGCCCCCGUCACAGCCACCGCACAGAGUGACCAAAACUCCCUGACGUUGCCGUGGACCAAACCCCAUGAGCUCGGCCCCAGCAGAACGGGAGUCUAUUUGCUUGAGUGCGCGUGUGCAUGUGUGCCUAUACCACACACGCACAUGCACACUUUGACCAGCACCCAGGAUUAUACACAAAAGGACAGGACUCGUUACUUCCUUUUUGCUUUUGUUUCUAAACAAAACUUUCCCCAUGUGUCAUCAUAGUGUUGUGGUCAAUAAGAACAUGUUGACGGGCAACCCUCUUAGGUUUGUGACUGGUUGAUCUGUUCAUUUAAUAUGCGCAUGACAUUGUGAGCUGGCGCAUGCUGGAAUUGGCCUGGAUGCUUGCGCUGGUCAUUAUAGGAAUGCUUGCCUGAUUGUCAAGGGAUAGCACUGCAGACCUGCAGUACUAGUACACUUUCUCUUCCUUUUCAUCCCAAUGGGUCCUUGACUUGUACCUUCUGAUGUUGAUGGGGUACCAAAAUGAUGUUGGAAACAUUGCAUAUUAUAUGAUCUAGAAGACCAGGUGAUUUGUAAGCCAUUGCUUCCCCAUCCCGUAUGAACUUUUGUAUGCUUAAUGUGACUCCAUUUAACCAUACCUCUACAGGUCUCGAAAAAUAAUGUUCAUACAUUUUCUUAUCAUAGGCAAAACUAAUGUCCUUCAGACAGAACAAUAUGCAUCGGUUGGUCGAACCCAUCUUUGUUAGCGAGGGAAGUUUCUAAUAUACAUCUGCAUCUUCUGCUUUUUGUGCGUGCGUGCAUAUGUGUGAGUGCGUGCCCUUACUAAUGGUAUCAAAUUUUAUUUCGUUUACUUUGCACAAAUAAGCUUAAAGAAAAACAAGUUGCACGGAUACUGUUUCUAUUGUGUGUUUUGCUUUUUCUCUCUUUACUGAUCAGGAGGUUCGUAAUGGAUUACACAAUGAUGAUGAUAGAGCGACUAUUAAGCUAACAGGAGAAAAUAAAAGCUUUUACUGGUAGAGCCACUGUCAGUCAGCUGGUCCACACAAUGUGAGGAGCGGAACUGCAUCAUGGACUACCAGUGAGUCAUCGUGACGCACACCUGGCGGCGGACUCCCAUCAAGCUCCAGUAAAUCAUUCUGUACGCCACAUGAAUAAGCUGGUGUCUUUUUUUUCAAGCUACUUCAGAAGACACCUUCUCAAUGCUGUGGGGAUCGUUGCUCACACACACACACACACACACACACGUAGAUAGCAGGGAGGUCGGAGAACACUAUUGGGCAGUGGAAGCGCACUUUCCUGGAAUGACUCUACCUUGUUUGGUUGUUUGAUCUACUGUUGCGUGUGCUUGCUAUAACUGCAUGGGUUGUGAAAUGGAUCCAGCAUCUAUUGAAUAAAGGGAAAGGCUUUUGUUCGCCCAAGGAACAUACAGAUGGGUUUUCAUCUUCAACCCAAGCCAUUUCUUAGUGACAGCCUCUUUUCACACCCUGAUGGGAGCUGGGUCACAAUAGGCCGGGGCUCAGUGCUUCUCGUUCAGUAAACUGGGUUAAGGUUUUAAAGCUAAAGGCCCCCACUGUGGAGAGACUCCACGGUAUCUUUAGUGGAGGCUGUGUUGAUGGUCCACCUCAGCUUAGUAAGGCUGAAGCAGCCAAUGUGCCAUGUUGAUGCUGAGACUAUAUGGUGACAUUUUAAAAUAAAGACUACAUCCCUUGA